CUGGAAUUCUGCGCACUUGAGCCACCUGCAUUGGAUCCUCCAUCAAGAUGGCUCGCGUGCACAAGCUGCUUGACAUGCCGACGCCCUGCUACAUUCCCCCGACCAUUGCGGGGAACAUGCCACAUCUUACCAAAGGUACACUACGAAUGGCAAGUGUACAAUGUUGUGGUCCUAGGUGGGAGGCAAUGUGUAGACAAUUGCGAAAAGCUGUCGGAAUUGAAACUUGUGGGGGUAAACUUCGCCGAGCUGUUCUCAUCGCUAACGGCGCUGGAGAAAUCUGGGGCGAAUUUUGCCGACUUUCUCCACUUGCCCAACAACAGUCAAGUCGUGUUUUCUGUCACAGACGUGUUGACCAUGCCGAUUGCGCGCAACACGGCGACGCAUCGAAGUUUGGAAUCCACCAACGGCCGCAAGAAGGUCACACCACGCGAGUACAUGACUGCAGUCAACACGUACAAGCCAUCGAGUUUUAUCGCGCUGGCCGACGAAGUGGACGGGACAUUUGGAGCCAAACGGCAGCAAAAUGCCAUGGAAACCUCGCUGUUGUGGCUGGACGAGUGCCUGUCGUUGCGUGAACAAGGCAACCCAAGUCGAAUUUUUGGCGUUCUCUGCGGCGGGGACGUUCUCCGCCUUCGCGAAACCAGUGCCGUUGAAACGUGCAAGCGCCCGAUUGAUGGUGUCGUGAUCUCUGGCUUGGGCGGCUGCGAAUCCGUUACGUUUCGACACGAAGUGCUCGAGAUGUACCGAAAGGUUGUCCCAACUUCGUUACCUCGGCUCCUUCUCAACGUUGGCAACCCGCUUGACGUGGUUACGGCUGUCUCGUCCGGCGUCGACGCGUUCAUGUCAUCGUACCCGUAUAUGAUAUCCAAGUUUGCCUACGCGUUGGUGUUUUGGAUUGACGAGAACUCCCCGUCGUUGCAUGAGGAUGUCGGUACCGACACCAAGAUUAACCUUCGCGACAAGAAAUUCGACCGGGACUUGAGGCCGUUGCUGCCUGGGUGUCCAUGCUUUGCGUGCACGCACCACUCCCGCGCGUAUAUCAACCACUUGCUGAAUGUGCACGAAAUGCUGGCGAACAUUCUCUUGUACAUGCACAACUUGCAUCAUUACUUCGAGUUUUUCGGAGCUAUGCGACGCCACAUAAAAUACGGCACGUUUGAAACGUACCAGAAAGCGUUUGCAGCGAAGUAUAAUGGCAUUUAAGUCUUGCAUUUUGUUCAUUU